AUGCUCCUAAAAUUAUUAAUUAUUACAACACUAUGUAUUCUGAAAUGUCAGGUUUGUCAAAAAAAAAAACAAUUUGUCAAAAAAUAAAAAUGUAUGGGCCCAUCAAAUUUUCAUACAUUUUUUGUGCACAAAAAAAAAAUGAGCGGAGCACAAAAAAAAAUGUUUUUGAAGUGCAGGAUAUUGAAAACGGGAAAAAAUAUAAGUUUUGGGGGAUCAAAAAUCCACGUGGCAAAGUUUCGGAAUAAAAAAAUUAUUUCGAAAAUUUGCCACGUUGCAAAAUUAUCAGCUUUCGAAUUUCAAUAUUUUUUACAAUUGAUUUCAAACAUUUUCUGAAAAAUUAAGAUUUUUCUUCCAAAAAUUCACAUUUUCUGCCACGUGGCUACGCGUGGCAAUCCAAAUUCCCAAGCUCAUUUUUUUCUCUCACGAAAAUAUUUCAAGAUUUGUUCUCCCCAAAACACCUGCCACAUUUAACAUUUUCGCGCAUUGAGCCAAAAAUGAGGGGUUAGCAGGUUAGAUUCUAGGCUCGGGGCUUAAUCCACCUCUUUUCAUUCUUUGUUGGAACACCUUGACAACCAUUCUCCUAACAUGAACACAAAAUAAAUUUGUGAGAGAGGAUUUUUAUUAAAAAUUCACGCAUCAUUUGUGUUCUUCGCAUUGAAAAGAGAAUGAGAUUUUGGCUUGGGAAACAAACUGGGAAAAAUGUGGGAAUUUGAGAUUUUUUGAAACAGUGUGUUUUUCUAACAAGCAAAGUUUUAGAUUCUGAACUCAACUUUUUGAGAAAUUAAUUCCAUCAAGAUAGAUAAAUUGUUCAAAAAAUUUUAUUUGAAAAAUAUAUGAAUUUUUUGAAACAGUGUGUUUUUGAUGAAAAUUCCAGGAUUUAUUGAGAUUUGAGGAACUUCUAUGAGAAAGCAGCAACAAUAAAAUUGUUGAAAAAUUCAAUUCGAAUAUUUUUUUUAAUUGUAAAAAAUGAAAACUGCCAUCUACCAAAAAAAAAAAUUUCAUUUUUCUCAAAAACUCUAGAAAAUCCGAUUCGAGCUGAAAAUUCUUAAACCAAAAAUCUUCCUGUUAAAAAUCACAAAUUUUCUUCACAAAAUUGAAUUUCCAAAAUAUUCUCCAAUGAAAUCAGAUAUUCUUUUUCUGCUCAAAACAUUGCUCAUAUUUAUUUCAAUUCCAAUUUUCAUGUUCUCCUUCUUCUUUUUUCCUCCUCAAGUCCACUUUUUCUUCUCUUUCACCAUGUUCCUUUAUAAAUUGGUGCACUGGGUAUUGGUGUCAACAAAUAUAUAUGAAUUAAAAUAAUAUAUCAAAUAGCAUGGCAUUUUUGCCUGACAUAUGAAUUAUUAUUUAUAUGAGGCAAAAAGGGCAGAAAAAAAGAAAGAACAUGGAAAAAUUUAGAACAGAAAUUUAAUUAAAAAAAUUUGGAGAGCCAAAAUUGGAGCAGAAAAGUACCUUUAAACCUUCAUAUAAUAUUCAAAAAUAAAACGUACCUUUAAAAAUUACAGUACUUAAUCCUGAUUUUUCGUGUACAGUAACCACACUUUUUUUUGAGUAGAUUUGAAGAAACACAGAGAAAAAAAGAAAAAUAACAUAUUCAUUUCCCAUUUUUCCUUUUUCUUAUGGUUUUUGUCAAGAAAACCUAACAGAAAAAUAAUAAAAAAAUGAAAAAAUAUUUUUGACUGGUAUCGUAGCGCGAAAAAGUUUCGCAGUACUUUUCUGUUUUUCUCUGUAUCUCUUCUUAUUUUCUAUUUUUCUUGUUUUAAACAGGUGUGUACCGCCAUAAUUUUUUUUGAACACUUUUCCUAUUAAAACCUUUGCGCCUUUAAUACAUAAUUUAAAUUCUGUAAAUUCGCGCAAGACCCGCUGAAAAUCGAAAUAUUCUCUCAGGAAAACUUUAUAUAGUUUUCAAAAAUUCGAAAAAACUAUCAAAUUUCCAUAUAAAUAUACAUUUUUCCAAGCCUAAUCCGAUUCUCUCAAAAUUUAUCCUCAAAAAUUAGUAUUCCACCAAAAAAAUUUCAAUUUCACAUCAAAAGCCACUCUCUAAGCUCUCCUCACAAAAAUGGGGGAAAUAGUCCAUUAAAAGAGCACAUAAAUUUGUGCCGCGCUAGGAGCCAGCUCCAAAAAGCGAAAAAAAAAACCGAAUAUAUAUUUUUGCAGUCACGAACAUUGUCGAAAAUUGGGGAAAAUUCGCCCGAAGGAAGUUUGGUGGCAGAUUUGCGAUUUCAAAAAUUGAUUAGCGAUUUGGAGCAAGUUGAGAUGCAAAAUUCACUGUUUUCCGAGUUUUUUGAAGUGGAAGAUGGGACCAGAAUCAUUUUGGCGCACGGGAAAUCACUCAAAAAUUUGCGAGGAGAAUUGAUCGAGCUUUUUCUGCGAGCAAAAAAUGAUGACCUGAAUCGGAUUGUUAGUCUGAAUUUAUAUAUUGAGCCAGAGAACUCGAAAAGUUUUCUGACAUUUUCUGAAGACAUCUACAGUACUCUGGUAUAUUCUACAAGUCCUGUAGGAUCAAGGCUCCUUUUUUCAACAUUGAUUUUUGUCAAGAAUCUUGGAAGUGUCCAGAAUUUACGAAUAAAAUCGAUAAGUUAUAUGGAAAAUGUACCGAUUAUGGUUUUGGAUAGUGGAAAAGGCAGUGUUGAGGUGAGCAUUUUGCUUUCAAAAUUUUUCACGUUUUUUUUUCAAACAUACACUGUUUCAAAAUCAAAAAUCUGCUAAUUUUUUGAAUGUUUUUAUCCAACAGUCAUUUCAGAAUCAGAACCAUGAAUAUUUUUCUGAAAUUAAUUUUACACUGAAAUUUCAAACAUCUACAUUUUUGUUUAAAAAAUGUCGUUACAAAAGUUUAAUUUUUUUUUAUUGAACAGUACUUUUUCUUUGUGAAAGGCAAAUUUAAAUUUAGGUCAAACAUAGAAAUUUCAAAAAAAUUCACCGUUUCAAAAAAUUGGUUUAUGUUUUGGAUGUUACUGUAUAAUUUACUGAAUUGAAGUGAUGUUUCUGUAGAAAAACAAACGAGCUGCUCUAUAACUUGAUGAAAAACUUUUGUAUUAUGAAAUUGUAGCCUAAAAAUAGCCUUAGUCUUAAAACAUUUAUUUCCAGCUGCUAAUCGCCUCUCCCCUCGACCAUCUUCCCACUCAAAACUUCACAAUCUACCUCGCCGCUAUCGAUCUUCUCACCGACGAAAUCCAAGCGCAAACCAAGAUCCAAAUUCAAUUCAAAAAUCUCAAUUCCUCUCGACCAACCAAAUUAGUCCUCUCAAUAUUCGGACCACUUGAGGAGAAUCAGGAGAUUUUCCAAGUUCCGAGUUCAAAUUCAAACAGUUCGAACCAGUUUAAAUUGGACAGGGAAUCUAGAUUUUUUGAGAUCGAAAGAUUUACUGGGAAAGUUAGAGCUCGAAAAACCAUCGGACCGGGAAUCUACACGAUAUUUGUCAUAAUCCGAAACAAAUCUGAAACAUCUGUGGCAAGACUGGAAAUCGAAGUGGUGUCUAAGCCUAUUCCCAAGGCUAACUCAAAAAAGCCGAGACUCAGAAGACAUUUAUCCGACCUUGUUUUUGAUAUCCCAGAAAAUGAGCUUGAAAACUUGCCAACUAUGAAAAUCGAACUAUUUCCUGGUGAAAAUAUUGGAGAAGUGAAUGCGAGAAAAGAUUUGCUGAAAAUUGAUGAAAAUGGAGUUAUAAAUCUGGAAAAACCGCUGAAUUUUGAGAAAACUAGUUCGAUUAUUGCAACUGUCGCAAUUAAUGGAUUGGUUAACAGUGAGUUUUUUAAGAAAGGGAUUUUGAAGCACAAUUUAUAGAAAUUUUGAUUUUUUUUCUGAAGUAAUGAAACAUUUGUCUUUGAGAAAAGUUCAUAAAAAUCAAAAAUAAAUUUUCUGGAUCAGUAAUUUUCAUCGCAACAGAAAUUUAACAAAUUUUGCUGGAAAUUGGCCCCAAAUAUCCACAUAUCUAAUCAAAAUCUAAUAAUUUUUAAAAGAAAAUUAUAUGAAAUGUUUGAAACAGUCAAUUUUUGGUGAUGUGUGCUAAAAUAAUAAAAAUCCAUCAAAAAUCCACCAACCGGAAGGGGCUUUUCAAUAAUUGUCACCACUAAAUCAAUCAUAAUUAAAUUGAAAAUUUUUGAUUGAUCGAUUUUCAAAGGCUCAUACUUUUUUUUGAGAGAGUGAUCCGGAAAUUUUCAAUUUUUCAUUAGUUCAAAUCUUGACACAUUCAACUCACUCAUAUUUAAUUUAAUCUAAUCUGAGAAAAUAUAUUUUCAUUUCAUCUCAAAAGAUUUCUAAGCUCUGCACACAUUUAUUUGAUGAGCUCCAGAAAUUGAGCUAAUCAAAUUCAAGGGUCAUUUUGAGAAGGAGGUCUCUCUUGGGAGAUGAUUUGUGCUCCUUUUUGUGUGCUCAAAAUGAACCUAACACAAUUACCGGAAAAAAAGAGGAGGAAAAAAGAUGGCGGGACUUUUUGGGGAUUUUUAUGUUUUAGUAGUAGUUAAGUCUCUGAUAUAACCUUGACAUUAAGGCUUGUGUUAAGAUUUGAGCUUUAGGCUUAAGUGUUAGGCUUAGGAUUUAGGCUUUAGCUCAAGUUGAAGCUCAAGGCUCGAUUUCUAGAAUUGGAUAUAAGCUUAAGGUUCAGGCUUAAGCUGACUAGGAUUCAGAUUUAAAUUUUUUUGUAGUAAAAAUCUCUCCUAAAAAAUGUUCGUAAACAAAAAUUAUUUGAAUAAUUUUUGAAACAGUGAUUUUCUCACAUAUAAAAAAUAAUUUUGUGUUUCAAAAAAAUUUGACAAUAUCAAUAAAAAAAAAUAAUUUUUUUGAUGUCAAUUUUAAAUUUGAAAUAUCCAUGCCCAUUACAAACAAUUUUCUGUCUCGCUUAUUUUUUGAUGAACAUUCUUCGAAACAGCAAAUUUUUUAAUGUAAAAAAGUUAAUAAUUUUUUUUUUUUUUGCAAUAUUUGAUCCCACUGUAAUUUAUUCUGAGAAAUCAAAUUUUUUUUACAUUACCGGAGCCACGUGGCAUUCUCUCCAAAAUAAUCAUUUUCGCCGACAAAGUCCAAUUUAUCUUCGUUUUCUCAUUUCACAGUAUGUGAUGCAAAAUAAAUAAAUAAAUUCUAAUUUAAUCCUUUUGAAGAUUUGGGUAGCCUCCAUCACAGAAAAAAAAACCAGAAUUUUUUGGAACAUCUGGCUCGAAAAAGUGAAUAACAAUUACAUAAUUGUAGGGUAUUAUUGACCGGAAAAAAGAAAAGAAGGGGAUCAUUUUUGGAGGACCAACAAAAUUGGGAAAAGGAACAGAUAAACACUUGAAAUGUUAGGGUGGAAUUUAGAGGGAUUAGGGUAUUGUCAGAGAAAAAUCUGGAUUUUGGAUCGUUUAGGAUAACUUAGGAUUGAAUUUGAAGAAUUUUUAGGGGUGAUUUCAGGUUACGAAGUAUAACAACUUGAGAAAUUUUGAAGAAUUCUAACGUUUGUUGAUAGAUCGAAGGGUACUGUAGAAAUUCAAGAUUUUUCUUCCAAAAAGCACGCGAUUACUGUGAAUAUUAAACACCAAAACAAUCUUGAAAAUUUACGUUUCAAAAUUGGAUUUAGAACAAAAAUUUUUUGAACCAUAAUGAUUGUUUUUGAACCAUAAUAAAUAAUUGUUCAUCUAUAAUAAUAAUCUGAAUCUACAGUAACCCAAAAUAUUUUAAAGGUAGAAAUAAGUGGCUAUUUAGUUCUCUAAAAACUUUUCUUUUACAGUUCUCUAAAAACAAUUAAAUUUGGUGCUAAAAUCUAGAGUACCCAAAAAUAGUUUAAUUUAGUAUCAAAAAUUUCAAAAUUUUCCAAAUAAUUCAAAUUUUCUAAUCAAACUCAUCAAAGCUUCUUCUAAAAAUUCCAAAAUUCAUCUUCAAUCCUCAAUUUUAACACAUAUUUAUAAGGUGUCAUAAUACGUGGUUUAUUAUUUGUUUAUAACAUGUUACAAUAUCUUUUUGUGUUUCUCAACAAUCUGUCAUUUUUCUGCAGCUCUCUUUCCCCACUUAAUUCCAGAUGGAUAAAUGUCUGCACUCUCUUAUUAAACAAUACUAUUACUGCUCUUUUUAUUUGAGAUAGGCAUAUGGUUAGAGCGGUGCGCGAAUAGGGCCCUCCUCUAACAAAAUGUGUAAAUAUUCAUUAAUUUUAUUUAUUUAUAUUUAUAUAUUCAAAAAAAAUAAAUAUACACGUAAAAAGGGGAUUUUUCAAACAAAUGUUCACAAAAAAUGAAAUUUUUUCCAUAAAUUUCAAAAAUUCAAAAUUUUCACUUUCUUCUUGAAUAUUCUGGAUCAUCGUAUGGCACCAAAACGUCGUCGCCAAUUGAGGGUUUGGUUUUUGCGCCGUUUUCAAUUUUGGCACCAAAAGCUUUGGAAAGCGAAUCCUGGAAAAUACAGGUUUUUGAGACCGAAUGAGUCUUUAGAAUUUGGCGCGAAAUAUCUUGGGAAAUUUACGUUUCAAAAUUUUGAUUUUAAAAAUUACAUUUUUCAGAAUCACAAUAUUCUUCAGAAAAAAACGAUUUGAAUUUUUAAAAUGCAUGCUAGGAUUGAUUACUGUAGAUACUUUUUUUUGAAACCUACCUGAUUACUGUAACUAUAAUUUUUAGACUCUCAAAGAUUUUUUAAUCUAAUAAUUAUGAAAAAAUACAGUUUCUCGAAAUUCAAAAUUAUAACAAUAAGUCUACGAUACCGGGAAAAAUUUCAAAACAAAAAUUCAGAGAUAGUUUUUUGAAACAUAUUUUUCCCUGGGAUUUAUCUACAGUACUCUGAGCCUGAAUUUUGAUCUACAUUACCCUCUAAAAUUCCCCGUCUGUCUGAAACUCACUUUUCUAUGCUGGAAUUCGCCAGUCGGCGAAUGCACUUCAAUCACCAAAGUGUCCACCGAAUUCACCAUUUUGGUCACCAAAAUUGUGGUGAAAAAAAUUAGGCAGAUCAGAAAAUUUUUCAUAAUUUUUUGUUGUUGUGAGGAAAAAAAUAAAACCAAGUUUGUUUUUAUUUUUGGCAGAAAAAUAUAUGCUUCAGAGUGAUCUGAUAAGAUUAUCCAGUUUUUUUUGGGAAUAGAAAAAUGUUGCGCAAGUUGAAUAGAACAAGAACAAGUUAGGCUAUAUUCAUCAUGAAAAAUCAUCAGCCCAAAAAAAUCUAAUUUUUUCUUUUUUUUCAGGCCGAGCUCAAACCAUUCGAAUAAAUGUGUUGGAUGUCGAUGAGCCUCCAGCUUUUGUCAAUUCGCCUCUUCCAAUGUUGGCCGUAGUUCCGCUAACUCCAACAAUUGGUCGAAUUGUUUAUCAAUUUGUUGCGAGAGAUGAGGCUGGUGAUGGAAAUUCCGAUGUCAUUUAUAAGACUAUCGAUGUUGUUCGUAAGUUUUUUUCUGAAUUUUGAAGAGAUAAUUGGAAGUUAACAAUCAAAAACAACUUUGAAAAACUACCAGUCAAGAAAAAACCAAAUCUUCCAGCAUCUGGUAGUUUCCUCGUCGACACAAAAUCCGGUGUUGUUCGAACGGCUUGGAGUAAAUAUGAAAGAGGCGAAACAUAUCGAGUGACAGUUCAAGCAAUUGAUAUCACACCAAAAGAUAAUUCAACAUCUCAAGUGUCCGAAGUUGCGAUUCUCGAAAUUCUAGCAGAAGAUCGGCCACCGCAAUUUGCAAAACAAUCAUAUGAUGUUGAAAUAUCUGAAGAUAAUCAGAUUGAUUAUUCAGUUGUGGAUAUGAAAGCACAGAGUUUUAGAAGUAUUGAAGAUGGAAGAUCGAAAGGGGAAAUUAGUUAUAGUUUUGUUGAUGCAGAUGAUUCAAAAUGGUUUAGAAUUGAUCCUGUUUCGGGAAUUGUUCAUCUCACAAAAAACCUGGAUUAUGACGAUCCAGUACUACCAAAAUCCCAUCAUUUGGAAGUAGAAGCUUUGGAAGAUUCCAAAAAAUCUAGAGUUGACUUAAACAUCAGGAUAGUUGAUGUAAAUGAUAAUCCACCAACUUUCACUCGACCUCUUUAUACCGCGCAAGUUCGAGAAGAUAUUCAAAUCAAUGAGACAAUUCUAAAAGUCACUGCCAUCGAUAAAGAUUCUGGGAUGAACUCCGAGAUUGUAUACAGUCUUGAUAACAAGAAUUUCAGUAUCAACGAGAAUGGUGAGAUAUCCGCAAGAGUUCGACUAGACGCAGAUCAAUUCAAUGAGCGGCACUUUGUUUAUCGAUUCAAUGUGACGGCAAAAGAUCGAGGAGAUCCAGUUCUUAGCAGUUCAGCGAUGGUUCAUAUUCGAACAGAGAAUACAAAUGAUGAGAGUGCUGUCUUCCUCCCAACAAGUCAAUACACUGCAUUUGUUGCAGAAGAUGCGCAAGGAGGAACUCCUGUAAUUCAAAUUCAGGCAAGAGAUGCAGAUCGGGAUGAGGUCACUUAUUCUUUCCUCGAUAGAAAUGGUCGUGGGCCAACUCAAACUAUGAAUCUAUUCACAAUAGAUCAACAUACUGGAUUGGUCAAACUUAGACAUGGCGUAACUCCUGUGGAUCUUGCAGAAGCUCAGAAUCCCAUUAAUCUAACAGUUAUGGCACAAGAUGAUGGAAGUUGUUGUGUUCACCCAAGUGAGACUCAUAUUUCAUAUGCCACUCUUCUAAUCGGGAUUGAAGAUGUGAACAAUAAUAAACCAGAAUUCCCCGAAUGUGCAAAAUACAGUGAAAUGGCAAAAAUCCAGGAAGGCACUUAUAAAACUGGAACACCUCCUACAAUUAUUCAAGUGAAAGCAAUUGAUGAUGAUUCAUCAGCAAAUGGAGAUAUUGUAUAUUCCCUUUAUUAUACACAAUCAGAAAGUAGAAAAGCAUUUGUAAUUGAUCGUCACACCGGAAUCUUGACUCCAUCACCACAUGUUGUAUUUGACAGAGAAACUAGACCACGAGAAGAUGUCACAGUCAAAGCAACUGAUCGAGGAGAUCGACCAUUGAUUGGAUUCUGUCAAUUCUCUGUAGAAGUCAUUGAUGUAAAUGAUAAUGCACCACAAUUUGAAAGACCAUCAUAUGAGACAAGUAUUUCAAGAUUUGAAUCAAUUGGAACAUCUGUUCUAACUGUUUUUGCAUAUGAUAAUGAUGCUUCACACAAUGCUGAAAUCUCAUAUUCACUAGAAAUUGAUCAUUUAGCUGGAGAAGAAUAUAUGAAUGAUAUUGAAUUUUUCGAUUUGGUUAAUCGCAGAAGCGGUGAGAUCACAUUAACUAGGCAGAUUCCUAUUGAUAAAUCAAAAUUUGUAUUCAACGUGGUUGCAAAUGAUAAUGGAAUACCUGAAUCACAAACAUCUACAGCUCAGGUGGUAUUGAAUGUGUUAGAUAAACAACACAAAGCUCCCAAAUGGCAAAGUAGUCCAGAUUGUAAAAGUGUAAUUGAAGUGGCGGAGAAUGAAGGGAUGAAUAAAGUUAUCUUGAAAUGUCGUGCGAUUCCAGGAGAUGGUUCGAAAAAGGCUAACUUCUAUUACACUCUCAAAGCUUCCGGUGGUCCAGGAUCUAACGCGGAAAGCAAGUUCCGAAUGUUUAAUCGAUAUGAAGAUGGGAAUGAAUGGGUGGAAGUUGCGAUCAUGGAAACAUUGGAUUAUGAGACAACAAAGAAUUACACUUUGACUUUGACGGCAACUGAUGUUAGUAGUCAGGUGGCUUCGCGGAAAACAUUUGUGGUGGAAGUUCAAGAUGUAAAUGAUGUUGUUCCUCAGUUUACAAUUGAUCAUUUUAAUGGGAAUAUUGAUGAAGAAUUGACACCGAAUGAAUUUAUUGAGGCAAAAAAAGGGGAACCAAUUGUGACGAUUAAUGCAACUGAUAAUGAUUCUGCUGGACCACAGAGUGAGGUAAAUUAUUGUUCCGAACUCCACGUGCCAAAUUUUCCCUGAUCUUUAUUAACCCCUAAUUUUUCUAGCUUCACUUCCGAAUCGUCGAUUCCGAUACCUCAAAACUUUUCCGAAUCGAAGAACUCACUGGAAAAAUCUGGCCCAAUGAGAAAUUUGACAGAGAAUCGCAAGAUAUGUAUGUUCUGACAGUGGAAGUCAGGGAUAACUCACAAAGUGCACUUCCAGGAACUAAGGGACCUAAUAAAGGUGUGUUUAGGCUACGGUUUCAAAUAUUAGUAAAUAUAAACGAUUUUCAGAUAACGUGAAAGUUCAAAUCAUAAUCAAUGAUGUGAAUGAUAAUGCACCGUAUUUUGAGGAAUCGAAAUAUGUUGGAAGAGUAAAAGAAUCGGAAGGAGAAGGACACGAUGUGAUAACUAUCAAGGCGCAUGAUUUGGAUAAACGUGAGUGAUUAGCCUGAAGGAGACUAGGGGCUGAAGAGCCUUUUUGAAGAAGAAGAAAAAGCAAUCUCCCCGAACGUAUCUUCUGCUUCCAAACUUAUUUAUAUUUUCCAGACUCAAAUCUUCGGUAUCAUCUAGUUGGCUCAAAAGGCGGUAGAAUUCCAUUCGGAGUUCGUACAGACUCAGGAACCAUUUUUGUAAAUGAACCUCUAGAUUAUGAAGCGGUAAAACAAUAUCAUUUGAUUUUGAUAGCAUCAGAUGGUAGACACAAUGCAUCGACUAAUGUAUACAUUCACAUUGAUGAUGUGAAUGAUAAUGCUCCGAUCUUCGAGCAAGCUAAAUAUGCUACAACUGUCAUCGAAGAAGAUCUUGCUAGUAUUCCAAAAAUAUUGUUCAAUGUUAAAGCAUUUGAUGCAGACAAGGAUGAGAAAUCCAAGAAAAUUGUAUAUAAAUUGGAAGGUCAAGGUGCUGAUGAAGUAUUUCGAAUUGGAAAAUAUACGGGGGUUAUUGAACUGAUCAAAGCAUUGGAUCGAGAUCCGCCAACUGGAAUUCCGUCGUGGAAUUUUGUGGUUCAGGCGAUUGAUGAUGAUGGAAAUGGAUUGGUUGGAUAUGCGGAUGUUCAAGUGAAUGUUCGGGAUAUUAAUGAUAACUCGCCAGUGUUUCCGGAGAAAUUGUAUGGGUUUAUUGAAGAGAAUCGAGAACCGAUUCGUGAGUUUUUUGUUCUUUCAAUUUUUCGUAUUCGUUUUCUCUAAACAAUGAAAGUGCAUAUUCCUAUACAAAACAUGCAAAUUUCCAGAUUCUGAUGGUGUCUAUUUCAUGGAUGUCCAAGCCAAAGACUUCGACGAUCCAACCACAGAAAACGCAAACAUCGAAUACGCCAUAGUUCGCAACAAAUUAAUUCACAAUGAGCCUGUUUUCCGAAUCGAUAAAGCGACCGGAAAAAUCUUUGCAAUGCGAAGUUUGGAUCGAGAAAUGGCAUCGGAACGCGAAUUUGUGAUCGAAGUUCGUGCGAAUGAUCGAGGUGUUCCAUCAAGAGAAGGUUUUGCAAAUGUGACGAUCAAAGUGAUGGACAAAAAUGAUAAUGCACCGUUUUUCGAGAAGACCAAAUAUGAGGGAAUUGUUGAUGAGACGGCGCCAAUUGGAGCUGCGGUUAUGAGUUUUUCGGCUUUUGAUGCUGAUGUUGAGGCUAAGUUAGUUUUUUAAAGGCUUUUUGAGAAUACUUGGGCUUUGAAAUUACAAUUCUCUAGCUUCCUAGAUUUCUCUAAUUCUCUAGCUUCCUCUAGAUCUCUAACUGCCUUUUAUUCUCUAACUUUUCUAAAUCUCUAGAUGUUUCUAGAACUAUUGAGGUCUCUAGUUUCUCUAACUUCCUCUGUUCUCAGGGAGAACUUCUCACCUGUCCUUGAUCUCCGGACGGUCCGGAGAUCAAGGACAGGUGAUCUCCGGACAUUUCGAUCCAAAAUCAAAUAACUUACCAGCUACACCACACGUGAACUCAUUAUCUUAUUUGAAUUUUGUGAUUUCAUAACUUACUUUUCUCAUUUCUAAAAACCUCAUUUCAAAAAAUAUGUUUUUUUUUUGGAAAAAAUAAAAUAAAACGUGACGUGACCCCAAAAAAUCCCACACAAUAUUUUGUUUUUUCCAACUCAUUUUUUCCCGAACAAAAUUUUGGAAAUUGUGAGUUGAGAUGAGAUUCAGGAAAAACCUGAAAUUAAAUUAAUUUUGCAGGGACAAUGUGUUCACCUAUCAAUUGGCUGAAGAAUCUGAUUAUUUUUAUGUGAGCACAGACAAGGAUUCAACUCAAUCUACAGUUGGAGUUUUGCGAGUAAAACAGGUAUGUUCCUUUAAAUAUUUGGGGAAUGUCCCUUUGAAAAAAUAGGGGAUGAAUUGGAAUAUCGAGUUAUCGAGUUGUAAAUUGUAUGCUCCUUUCUGUUUUUCAACAGAUGUCUAAUAAAUCAUCUUUCUCUUUUCUAACCAUAAAAAAGUAUGUCAAUAUAAUUUGCCGUAUAUUUAUUUUAUUAUUUGUAUUUGUACCAGUAAAUUACCAUAUAUGGAAAUCGAAAGCCAUUCCCUUUUUCCUUUAAUUUCUACUUUCGAGUGUUAUUAUUCUCUGUAAUUAUAGAUAGAUCAAAAGUUUCCCUUUUUUCGAAUCAGAAAAAACUUUUCCUCUCUUUUUUUUGAUGAAAAAAAAAGAGAAGGAUCAAUUUGUGAUAGUUUUAUUGGGUUUAUUUGUAAACCACUAGAGAAUGAGACAACUGUUUCAAAAAAAAUGUGUAUGUUUUUCUGGGAUUUUUGGAUUUUCUUGAUGAGCUUUGGACCAUUAGAAAUUUAUUUUUUGGAAGUUUUUUUGGGGAACUUUGGGUUUGUAGGAACUGUUUUGAGAAAUUUGAAUUCUUCUGAAUUUUGAUGUUUUCUGGAGUUUUUUUUUAAAAGUUGUUUCUGGAAUUUUCGAUUUUUUCUGAAAAUUCAGAUUUUCAGGAACUUUUGUGAAAAUUGAGCUUUUUACAGAACUAUGAAAGUUCGGUUUUGAAGAAUUCGAAAUCCUGAUUUGAAAAUUAAAAAAUCCAGAAUCUUGAAUCUUGAAUCUUGGAUUUUAAAAAUCCUGAACUAAUUUCCCCUAAAAACUACCCAAUUUUGGGCUCCAUAAUUUCCAAGAUUCAACUCUCAUAUGAUCUUUCACUUGUUCCAUAAAAAUCACUUGAUCUCCAAAAAGCCACCCGCUUUUAAAAAGCAAAAAAAGUUCGAGUUUUUCCAAAAGUCAAGUACUUUCUUUUUUCCCCUCAACAAAAAUAAUAAUGACCACCGAAAGAAACAAACCCAAUUGUCUCUUCAAGCUACUUUUUCUUCUUCUCCUCAUAAAAAACCAAUUUUUCAUUUCAUCUUCUUCUGUUUUUCAUGCUAUACAUACACUUUAUACACCCAAAGGUCAUUGGCGGUUUUUUCCACCAAAAACUUUAAAAAAUUCCCCAAGGGAACUCUUCUCAUUUGUCAUGAAAAUCUCGUAAAAAAGUUGUUUUAGUUAGCUUUUUUCGACAAAAAGUUUCUUUUUCUGGUGGAUUUUUGAGAUCGCUUCGAGUUUUUGUUCAAAUGCGCUCUACGGAAAUUAGAGAGGUUUUGAGAAAACUUUGAAUCAUCAAAUAUGCCCCUGUGAGUUUUCAAGAAAUUUUUUGAUUUUUUUUUAAUUUAAAAAUCGUCGCAAUUCUCAAAAAGGAAAUUUCUUUAGUGGCUUUUUUCAACAUAAAAAGUUUCAUUUUGAGAUCGCUUCGUGAUUUCCAUAUCGAAUAUCCCCUCUCGAAACGUUGUUUCAAACAAAAAACGAUCGAAUUUCUUUAUUUUUUGCCAAAUAAUCCGGCGACAUUGAAAAACUCGUCUUUUUUCUUUUUGUUGGGGCUAAUCGAAGAAAAAAGAGGAUUAUUGUGAGAAAUUGAAAUGAAUUACUCAGUUACCGUAUCUCCCCUCUUAUUUCUCAUAAAAAUCAUCUCUCCUAGCCAGGCAAUAGUUUUUGUUGCUGAAGUCAGUAAAUCAGUUCGAAACGACCUUUCAGUCACCCCAUUAAAUCUGUCAUCAUUUUUUCUUUUCUUCUUUUUCGGCUGGCGCUCACCUUUGCUUUUUUGAUUUAUAUUUAUGACUCUUUUAUUCAUCUCUCCAGAUGUAGCCUAGUUUUCUAUUCUGUGAAAAAAAAGAAAAGAAAAAAAAAACUAAUUUUUGAAGUCGGCUAAACAUGCGGUAUGCGGAACAUCGUUGUUUUACUUUUAUUUUUCGCAUUUUCGAAAAAGUUUUUUCUCGUUUUCCUAAUUUUCUUCCUUGAACAAAUCAAUCAGAAAACCGGCCGACUUUCGUAUUUUAGGUAAAAAUAAUAACCGCUACACUAAUUAGGUAAAUCAAUUAGGUUCUAAAGCCCUCCUCCUCCAUCUUCUUCAUCUCCUUUUCCAAGUUUUCCUAAAACAAGUUGUAUAUUUUCAAUUUAUAUACAAAAUAUUGUCGGAGCAAUUGAAAGGAGGCAAAGAGUGUGGUCACUUCCUGUGCUCUUCUCUCGCCAAUUUUUUGCUGUUGAGCAACAAGCAUGUACAUAAACAUUUGAGAGGGAGAGCUCUGAAGAAGCAGUGGUUUUUUUUGUUUGUGAGCAUGUCGGCCAACAUUUUUUUUUUGAUGUAUUUGAGUGGAAAGUACACCAAAGUUUUAUUUUGUCGUCGGCUUUGUUUCGAAUUUUUUGAGAAUCGAAAAUGAAUACUGAAUAGGAUACGAUACAUUUUUGAAGUGCUUUGAAAACAAGAAAAUGUUUGUAUUUUGAUCAGCAUUUCCGCUCCAGUGAACAUAAUCAAUUUUCGUGAAAAUUGUAGUUCUUGAGAAGGAUCUGAUUCUUCUCGAGGACUACAUUUUUUUAGCAAGACGGUUGAUAACUUCGGGGUUUUCAAUAAUUUUUGAGUAUUUUUAGUGUUGAAAACCUGAUUCUCCUCGAGAACUAUGCAUUUUCUUCUCGAAAAUUUUCAAAAAUUCUGGCUUUCAACGUCUUCUCCGCCUGAAAAUCCCAUGUUUGCCUUAAAACUAUCCAAGAAAUCUCAAAAUUUUCUAAUUAUACAUAAUUUACUUUCAAAAAAAUCUGCAUUAUUCCCUAUUGUCUUUUCAAUUUCUGGCACCCUCCUGAUUCAUUCACACCAUCCCAUUAUUAUCUUUUCUUCACAAAGUUAUCUCCCGCUGUGUGACCCGUCGGUCCCUUUUUCCUUUUGGUCAUUUCUUAUCAUAUGCAAAUAUUCGUUUAGGGUCAGAAAAAAACACUGUUAUUUUUGUUCUGUAGUCAUGCAUAAAAUAGAAUAACAUAAAAUUAAUAACUUUGAUGGGGGCCUAGCUGUUUUUUUCUCGCGCACUCACACACGGCUAUUUUUAUUGGCGGUGCUCAUUCGUAUCAACUAGUACUCUUCUUCUUUUUUUCGCUUUUUGCACCUUUUUUUACGAGAGGAAAGCAAAAAAAGUGAGAAAAACGAAACGACAAGCGUUUUUUUUCGCGCUGCUGAAAUAUUAGAUUAGGUCUGGGUGGGGGAGAUCAUCAAGUGUGUUGUUUCUGUUUCAAAAGGCAAUUCCUGCCUGCCUGCCUGUGGCUGAAUGACGGAGUGAAAUGUUAUUGUUGUUUAGUUUUUCCGUCUUUUCUCAAGUGCCAGAAGAACACACUUUUGAAGCGCGAAACAACAACAAACAUCAACAAAUAAUAUAUACACAUAUUUAGUUAUAAUAACUCAUAGAUUUAUCCAAAAUAAGUUACGUAUUUAAGUAGUUGUCUAAUUUUGUUCUUCUUCUUCUUCUCAUUUGACCACUUGAUUACUCGUGCGCUUUUCUAUUUGACCACAGCACUUUUUUGUCGCUUCUUUCUUCCUUCCGUGUGUCAAUUUUCUGUUGAUGUUGCGAAAUACUUUUUAUUUAAAUAAAUAGAGUGAAAUUGGAGGAAAAGUUAUAUGUAAUUUGCAUAUAUUCAGAGAUUUAGUUAUAAAUUAUUGAGAAGAGCAGAAGAGCACGGUGAUUUAUGCAUUUUUUAUUGGAAAAUGCGAGUUUUAUGGAUUUCUGGGUGAAGAGGUUUUGAAUUUUGGUAAAUUUUUGAUUGAGAUGCGCAAAUGCGAUCUAUGGGAAAUUUUUAAAAUCCGCAACACUGAGAAAUCGGAGGCUUCUGAAAAAUGUCGAAUUUCUUCACAUCAUAAAAAUUUGUAGUUCUCAAGGACUAUUCAAUUUUCCGUACCAACCAACUUUUUGCAUCGUAAAUCAGAUGUUCCUUGAGAAAUACAAGUUCUUCUGUGGAAAAUUUCGAGAAAUUUUUGAAACAUCAAAUUUCUUCAAACACCCAAAUUUUUCAAUACAACGAAUGCAAUUGCAAUUUUCUCAUCAAAAAUGUUCUCCAAAUUCCCACCCCAAAAAAAGGUACUUACUACCAGACCAAAAGAAACUCUUGCUAACAAGAUUUUUGCGCCAUUUCUCCUUCUUCUACUUUUUUUCGGGCAAUUUGUCAAUCUAUACAUUUUUCCUCAUCUUUUUUUGUGUGUCUUCAGAAACAUCUGUUUUUUCUUUGCCUAACGGUUUUUUUUUGCCAAAUAGCCUAUCCACACCUUUUUCGCGUCAUCAUUUUCUUAUAUAUAUAUUAAGUAUAAUAAUAAACCGUGUUUGCCCUCGUUGUCCACUCAAUCGCAUCGAAAUCGGAUUGUAUUUUCAUUUAUUUUAUAUAUACACUUUUUUUGGGCCUCACUCGCUGUUUAUUUUUCCUCUUUUCUUGCUUUUUCGCGUUUUUGUCCGAAGACUAGCGGCUCGUGCGACGUUUUUCACACGCUUGAAACGUUUGGGAGGUCCUUUUGCAACAAAAAAGUAAAGUAAAGUAGAGUUGAAUGAGUUCGACUGAAUUAAUUAGACUAUUUAGGCUUUUCCAGAAAAUUGGAGAACUUUUGUUUUUUCUUUGGAAAAAAGUUUUCCCGAAUAUUCCACAUCAUGUCAGCCCAAUGAAAAUUGGCAAUCGGUGAGAGUGAAGAAGACUUAGAGAAAAAUAGAUCAAAGGUACAUUAAAAAUUUGUGGGUCUGAAAAUCCAUAAUUUUUGAAAUUGCGGUUGCUAACCAUAUUUUGUUUCGAAAAAAAUUGAGGAUGACUUUUAGUCGCUUGGCACACUGAAAGUUCAAAAAUGAAUUCUCAAAAAUUAAGCUGAAGCCUAUUUCUAAAUUUCACAAAUCCUAGACCCGCAAAUGUAAAUCGCUGUAGAUCACGCGCGAUUUCAAUAUCUUUUCGUCUCUUUCACUCUCACCGAUUGCUGUUUGACAUGUUGUGAUUCGGCCGGCCGAAAAAAAGAAAAUUUAUUGAUGGACUAGGAUCCGACGUAUCGGCGCCUAGGCCGUGCAAUUUUAUUUCGAAUCUUACUUUUUUUUUCGGUAGAAAAAUCAAGUUUUUUGUUGGGUUAUCCGAGUUUUUCUGCUUUGAAUCUAGUAAAAGGUGGCUGAGUCGUUCUCCAGACAGUGAAGUUUUGAUUUUCCUAGGAUUUUUUCAGCUGAAAAUUUUAGUUUUUUGGUCUUCAUAUGGAUUUCAAGACUUCCCGUAAUUUUCAGCUUGAUUUUCUGCAAAUCGUGAUUUUGUCAGUUUUCAAGUCCUGAAACUCAAUUUUCCAUUUUUCCCGAGACAAAAUUCAAGUUUUUCAAUUUCCAGACAAAAUCUAAUCUUGAUUAGAAGAAAAACUGGAUUUUUCUCGAAAUUUUCAGUUUUUUUCUCUAGAACAAAAAAAACCUGGAAAAAAUAUGUUUUGCCUAGAAAACAUUGGGAUUUAGAUUUUAUGUUAGUAAAAACAGAUAUUUCUGGCCAGAUUUCUAUGCUAACUUCGGACCUCUAAUUUCGUAGGAAAAUUCAAAUUUUCUGCAAGCUUGACGUAAAAUGUUUUCACCAAGCAACUAAUUGCUCGAAAUUAUAGGCUUUCGUGCAAAAAUGUUCCCACCCUUUUAUUUUCUUUUCUAUUUUUCAAUCUUCAUUUAGUCUAUUUAUUUAUUUAUUUUAAUCAAUUCCAACAGCAAAACUUUCAUCUACUCGAAAAUCUCGUUAAAAGUAGGUCAUUUCGCACAAAAACCAACAUUUUUUUGGUUGGGCGGACGAAAAAAAAAACAUGAAGAAAAAACGAUAAAAAACAAAUAAUUGGUGUAAUUAUGGCGGUUUUUGCUCCAGCCGACUAUUUGUAUUUAUUUGGUUGGUGUACAUGUCCUUCACCACAAAACCCUACCUUCAUCACCUUUUGUCCACCUUCAAAAAUAGGGCGUGCCUUUCUUUUGUUUUGUUUGGUCUCUCUUUUUCUGUCUCUUCGGAACGGACAUUCUCUACAUACUCUUUUUCUCUUCUCUUUCUUCUUCCCCCAUCAUCACUUUUAUGCAUCUUUUUAGUUUUUGGGAUAGAGAUGGACGCGUUUUUUAUACGCCUUUAUAGUUUUUUAUUAUUAGUUGUGCACCAAUAAGUUUUUAUUUUAUAUAUCUAGUAUAAAGUGAAGAGCUUUUAUUGCGUUUUUUUUUCGUCCUGGAGAAGAAGAGCAAGGUUUUCGAAAGUUUAUGUUAUUCGAAAAUUUUGGGAUUCUUCCGGGAAAUUUGGAUUUUUUACAAGCGACUUCUGUUGAUUUUCUUGGUUUUCUACUAGCUUCUCAUAUGAACACAGACUUGGGUGUCUUGAAAUUUUAGAUUUCCAUGAGCCUAGAUUCGAGCAUUUUUGGUUCUAGCGAAUGUUGAAUUCCCGAAAAUUUCUGAAAUUUUUCGAACCCAAACUUGCUUAUUUUUGAUUGUCCAUCCAAUCCACGUGGAUUUUGAUUCUGCUGAAAGUUUCCUUUUCACGUCGAAAUUCGAUCUUAAAAUCCACGUGAAAUCUGAAUCUCCUAACAACACCCAACAAUCUAGAUUUCUUGCUCAAAAUCCCGUGCAGUGUAAUUUUUUGCCACCUAAUCCAUCUUCUUCAUCUUCGCCUUCUUUUUUUUUCUUCCACCCUUAUCAACACCCUUAAUCGUUACACCAAUAAAAAGCACCUGUUCCUCCUAUUUUCCCGAAUCUUUUUCCAUUUUUCUCAAAGCUUAGGGCUCAUUAGGAAGAAGCUUAGCAAAAAUAAAAUGUAUACAUAUUUUUGGCGGUUGCCAUGGUGGUCCGUAUGUUUAUAUGUGUAUAAUUUUCUCACCAUUUUAUUCCCACCAAAAACACCACAUUUCCUUGAAGCAAACAGUGAUUUUCAAGGUUUUACCUUGAAAAUUGUGGCCAGUUUCACCUUGACUUUUCUCCUUCCUCCAGCUUUUUGCGAAUCGAUUUUCGGCGAUUCAAAAUCGGCCAUUUAUUUAUUAGUCAUCGUUCGGAAUUUCGUUUCCAUCCCAUUUUCCAAUUUUCCGAAAAAAAAAGAGAAAGUGGAAGUGAAAAGCUUUGUCAUAUGUUUUGUUUUGUAUCUCCACUUUCUCAGAUUUUUGAAUUGAAAUAAAAUAUAAGAAAUAUAUGACAUUUUUAUCAAGAGAUAUGAUUUUCGUUUUGUAGUUGUUUGGCUUGGCCACGAGUUUUUUUUUGAUGUGGGAAUUUUUUCUAGAAUUUUCUGGGUGAGAUAACUAUUGUUAUAACUAUAGGCUCGAUAGUUAGACUUGAUGUUAAUUUGUUAGUUAUAGGUUUCUAGAAGCAUUUUACAGGCUCCUAGAAGCUAUAGCCUGGGUUAAUAGCUCCAAAAUCUACGCAAUAACAUCUGAAAAUCCUAGGCUUUGUCGAUUUUCUCAGAGCUUCAGUUAUCUAACCCAAAAGUUGUUGCCCUAAUAUUCAAAUCUCUAACAAGCCGGACUUGUUGUGGUGUUCAGUCACCCUUUUCUUGCCUAUUGUCCACUUUUUUGUCCUUCUCUCUCGGUUUUUUCCCAUUCGAAAACGAAAUGAAUAAUACACUUUAUGAAUCACCUCCAAGCUUUUUCUUCAAACUUUUUUCCCUCCUCAUUUCUCUAGUUUUUUCCCAAAUAUCCUUUUUUUCUAUAUAGAAAACUCUAAAUAGAAAAGUGUAUAUUUUUUGAAUAAAUAAAUAAUCCAUCGCCGUUUCACACAUUAAUCUUCAUAAAAUCUACUAUAUCUCCUUUUUUUGGCCCUCAAAAAGUACGAAAAUAGUUGUUUUUUGUUGAUGAUGAUGAGUCAUAGGCGUUUGAAGUGUACAUUUUUUCUUAUCUUAUGCAAAUAAGGCAAUAUUCAUUUUUUGUGAGUCAUUCAUUGAUUUUUGUUUGAUGUUACUAGAGGACGAACGCAUCUUUUUUGUAGAUGUUUUGUAAUUUUUCUGGAAAGUUUUUUUUGUUAGUUGAGUUUUUAAGCUCAGGUUUUGUUUAGUUUUCAGUCUAAUUUUCGACAGAUUUAUCUAGAAUUUUCUAGAAAUUUUGGAUUUUAUUAUUUCCUGGAUUUUUAAGAAUCUUGAUUACUUUUAUUUCUUUUUUGUUCUUACGGAACUGAUUGCUAAAAAAAUUUCUGAAACUAUUCGCUCAAAAUCCAGAUUUUUCUAAACUACAUUAUUUUCUCCUAGCUCUUCCUAGAAAAAAUACACCAAAAAUCCAAUUUAUAAUUGGAAAUUCCUAUUGUUUUCUUUUUUUUCUCUAUUUUUCUUCGCAUUCUCUUUUUUUUCUCAAAUUCAAUUUUUUUGCAGUAGUCUCAAAAGACCAAAAAAGGCGUUAGGAGCCUUUGAAUCCUUUUAAAGGAGCAUACAAGAACAACUCGAUUAUAUAUAUAUUCCAAUCCAUCCCCCUUACCGUAUCAGAAAAAGCCUAAAGAGAGGCCUUUAAAGAGACCGUAGCUUACCUUAAAUUAAGGCGCUCGACUACGAAAAUCCGGCACAACGCGACGGUUUUUCGCUAAAAGUGCGUGUAAAUGAUGGGCGACACGAUGCGACAGCCGCAGUGCACGUCAAACUCGUUGAUCGCAACGAUCACGCGCCAAAAAUCACCGGACCACAACAAUUACGAAUUGAAGAAUCGAAGGAAGUCGGAGAAAUCAUUGGAAAAUACACUACAAGUGACGCAGAUGAAAAUGAUACGGCAAGGUAA